ACAGGAAGAGAUAGACGUUGCAGCUCAGGGGAAAGUCCAGGAAGAAGGAAGGGCAGUCAUGUGCCUGCACUAACAGAACGGACACCGACUGUUCAGACUAGCCGUGUGCAAGCUGAAGUUUCAGGUAAACAGAAAUGGGGCCCUUAGUGACUCAGCUCUUUGGCCUGAUCUCACUCACUGUUGCCCUAGACAACGGAUUACUGAAGACUCCCCCGAUGGGAUGGAUGGCCUGGGAACGCUUUCGCUGUGAUACUGACUGUAAAGAUGACCCGGAGAACUGCAUCAGCGAGGCCCUGUUCAGAGACACAGCUGACCGACUGGCAGAAGAUGGCUGGAAGGAGCUGGGCUAUGAAUAUGUGAUCAUAGAUGACUGUUGGAUGUCCUUGCUGAGAGAUGAACAUGGGAGAUUACAACCUGACCCCUCCAGGUUCCCAGGGGGCAUUGCAAAACUGGCAAGGUAUAUCCAUGACCGUGGAUUGAAGCUGGGCAUCUAUGCAGACAUGGGCACUCACACAUGUAUGGGAUUCCCUGGCACCACACUGGAUAAAAUCGAGAUCGAUGCCCAGACCUUUGCUAGUUGGGGGGUAGACUAUCUGAAGUUUGAUGGCUGUUCCUCAAAUCCUGUAGAACAAAUGCUGGGUUACCCUCUGAUGUCCAAGGCUUUGAAUGCUACAGGCAGACCAAUGGCCUACUCCUGUAGUUGGCCUGUCUAUAUUGGAGGCCUUCCCCCUAACGUGAACUAUUCUUUUCUGGGUGAUAUCUGUCACCUGUGGAGGAAUUACUAUGAUAUCCAGGACUCAUGGGACAGUGUGCAAGGCAUCAUUGAGUGGUUCUCCAACAACCAGGAUGAUCUGCAGCCGGCCGCGGGGCCCGGACGAUGGAAUGACCCUGACAUGCUCAUCAUUGGAAACUUUGGUCUGAGUGUGGACCAGGCUCGCUCUCAGAUGGCUCUGUGGACUAUAAUGGCUGCACCUCUCAUCAUGUCUAAUGACCUCCGAAACCUGGACAACUGUGCAAGGGCCAUCCUGCAAAACAAAGUGGCCAUUGCCAUAAACCAGGACUCCAUGGGAAUCCAGGGAAGACGCCUGUUAAAGGGGAAUCAUAUUGAGGUUUACUGGAGGCCUCUGUCUCAUUCAGCCAGUGUCCUUGUGUUCCUGAGUCGACGGACAGACAUGCCCUACCUCUACCACACCUCUCUGGCCAAACUGGAAUACGAUGCUGGCAACUAUGAGGUUUGUUUACCCGCUAUGUCUUACCUUGUGUCUCUUCUUUGUACUGAAAUGGUUAGUUGAUUAAUAGAUUAGUUGUCCCAGAAAAUAAUCUAACAUUUCAGUAAUCAAUUAAUUAUUUCCAUUCAGUGGUUGGAAGACUCGAAAAGCGCUAUGCAAGUACGGUCCAUUUACCAUUCAUUAAGAAUGUCAAAUUAUCUGGUUCCAGCUUCUCCAAAGAUUUCCUGCUGAAUAUCUUUGGAUACUGGACUGUUGGGCUUUGAAAAUUGAGAUGGACAUUUUUCACUAUUUUAUGAUAUUUUAAAUAAUAGCCAAUGACUGUGUUCAUUUUAAAGAAGACAAGACGAACUGUUAUUAUAUCUAGCUUUAAAGCAGCACAAGAAACAGACCAGAGUGAUAACUAAUAAAUCUAACUUGGAAAAGCAUAUACAGUAAGUUACCGCAAACUAGUGCCCAUAAAUGUAAAACCCAGUGGCAAAUUGUGGCCCUGCACAUUUGGACUUUAAUGAUUACAGUAUAUUUCUUACAACUUGAAUAGAAAAAUAGAUUACCAAAUUAUCAAAAUAAUAAAACAAAUUUGUUUAUUUCUUACUGACAUGUGUCUUGACUGCAUAAUGGUUAGAGGGAAAUUAAUGACAAAUAUAUACAUUUCAUACUGACUUAUGUGCCUGAACACUACAAUACAUGAAGACACAAAACCUUGGCAAGAUCAGUGACUGCUGUCAUGUAUAUAUGUACAGUAAAAACUCUUUUUUAAGUUAUUGUUUAUAAGUACUGUAUAGUGUUGAGUCCAGAACCUCUCCCUGAACUAUGGUCUCCCGCUGCUGCUAUCUUUCGUCAGCAGAGUCGUACCAAAAAUCAGCUGGAUACGGAUUAUAAUCAAAAAAGUAUUUAAUAAUUAACAGAAGCUAAGACAGUUACAAACUGAAUUACUCUAUCGAUAGAAUAUGUUUCUAGGAGCAGAGAUCAAACAAAUUCCUCCGCACAGUCCAGCCAAGCUAGUUAUCUGUCCGAAGGCUUCGAGUGAUCUGAUUCUUAAGUCCAAAGUGUUUCAAAAGUCCAGUAUCAGCUCAGUGAUUGGCUGAAAUCCAAUAGUCCCCUCCUGGGGACUAUAGCAGGGGUAUUGAAUUCAAAUUCCAAAACGUCCUGGUUGAGAAAAUCUCCUUGUGCAAAGGUCCAAAACAUGUGACUGUGGAGGUCAUCGUCAUGUUCAAGAGAGCAGUUUGAGAUGACUUGAGCUUUGUAACAUGGUACAUUAUCCUGCUGGAGAUAGCCAUCAGAAGAUGGUCCACUGUGGUCAUAAAGGGAUGGACAUGGUCAACAACAAUACUCAGGUAAGCGUGGCGUUUAAACAAUGCUCAGUUGGUACUAAGGGGCCCAAAGUGUGCCAAGAAAAUAUACCCCCCACCAUUACACCACCAGCCUGAACCGUUGAUACAAGGCAGGAUGGAUCCAUGCUUUCAUGUUGUUUACAACACAUUUUGACCCUACCAUCUGAAUGUCGCAGCUGAAAUGGAGACUCAUCAGACCAGGCAACGUUUUUCAAUAUUCUGUUGUCACAUGUUGGUGAGCCUGUAGCCUCAGUUUCCUGUUGUUAGCUGACAGGAGUGGCACCCGGUGUGGUCUCUGCUGCUGUAGCCCGGCUGCUUCAAG